UGACCACAGCGUCUUCCUCUGUGGUCAAGCACGGCCCUUUUACAUUUCUCUUUCCUCCUCCUCCCGCCCGGCGGCCCCGCGCCGCCGCUUUGUUCUCCUCUUCUCGCCGCCGUUCAGCGGCGCGACUAGCCUCGUGCUCUUUGCCCCUCUAGGUUGUUCGUGUUACAAUAGCUUUGUUACUGCUCCUGUUUCGGCCCUCCUGUUUUAGAAGUUCCUGGCCGCCUCACACGCCAUGCACGCAGCAUGUUCGCGCAAUUGCUUGAGCGACCUGCUUCACUGCCAGAGGCAUUGGCGAUGCCGAUGCCCGUACCAGCUCUCUCCGGCACGAGGCAUGACGCGUGGCCGCAGUGUGAAGGACCGGAGCAAGAAGAAGCGCGUCCACGCGCUCGAGGUAGCCACCGAGCGCUGGAAGGUUCUCUCCAAAGUGCUCGCCGUCGUCGACGCGCUCAAGAAGGAGGAUGAGCACGUCACCCCGCUCAAGCGCCUCGAGAUCCUGCGGCCGCAGCUCGGCCUCGUCAAGCCGCACAAGGUGGCCCACUUCGUGCGUCGCUCGCCGCACCUGUUCGAGGUCUGCCGCGACAGCCGCGGCGUCAUGUGGGCAGGCCUCUCGCCGCAGGCAGAGGCGCUCGUCGAGGAGGAAGCGCGCCUGCUAGAGGAUCACUCCCCUGUGGCCGUGCAGUACGUCACCAGGAUGCUCAUGAUGUCCGUGGACCGGCGGCUGCCGGUCGACAAGAUCGCCCACUUCCGGCGCGACAUGGGACUUCCUCAUGACUUUCGAACACGGUGGGUGCACAUGUUUCCGGAGCAUUUCAGGCUGGUCAGAUUGGAGGAUGGUGAGUAUUUGGAGCUCAUCUCUUGGGACCCAACCUGGGCAGUCACUGAGCUUGAGAAGAAGGCGUCUGUGUCGACUGGCGAUGCCAUUGCCAGUUCGCCAGGAGAGCUGUCGCUUCCGUUUCCAAUGAAAUUCCCACCAAAUUUCACUACUUACUACAGAUUUCGAGGAAAAGCUCAUCAUUAUGUGAAAAUGGGCAAUACCGAUCAGUUUCAGAAGGUCACCUACCUGUCCCCUUAUGCAGAGGCAAAGGGAUUGACUCCUGGAUCGCCAGAGUUUGAUAAGAGGGCUGUUGCAGUGAUGCAUGAGAUACUGAGCUUCAUGCUGGAAAAGAGGCUGGUGACUGAUCACCUUACACAUUUCCGUCGUGAGUUUGUAAUGCCACAGAAGCUUAUGAGGUUACUAUUGAAGCAUUAUGGCAUCUUUUAUGUUUCUGAGAGGGGAAAGAGGUUGAGUGUGUUCUUAACUGAGGCAUAUGAUGGGAACGAACUGAUAGAGAAGUGUCCGUUGGUGCGGUGGAGGGAAAAACUCCUUCAACUUACUGGUUACAGAGGGAGAUUGAAGAAUCUUGGUAAAGUCGACGUGUGUUCUGAUUCAGAUGAGUACUUAUUAGGCCAUGAUGAUGAUGAUGAUGUAUUGGAUGUUGAAAGUGAAAAUCCAGAUGACAUCUUAGAUGACUGUUCUAUUUCAGAUGAUUCUGAGAUGGAUUUAGGGGAUGCAGAUGCAGAUGAAUUUUGCAGAGACUGAGUUGGUGGCAUGUGUGUAGCAGAAAAGAACAAAAAAAAAAGUUGUGUUAAGUUUGUUAUGAAAACAAAGUUCAGCAAUAACUGUUUGUGACUUUAAGCUCAGGAUAUAAUUGUGUACUAUACUCUAGCUGCUGUCAUCUAUGGAGUUCCAAGUAACACUUGAGGCGGACUGUAUUCUUCUCUCGUCAGUUGUAUUUGGACUUUCAAAUAUUAGUCAAAGCUCAAACAGAUCACAAUGAUUUGAAAUGGCACGCUUGAAUAUUGCUUAUACCAGAUCAGUGUCCUGUGAUGUGUUCUUUAGAAAAAAUGAUGGGACAAAACAUGCAACUGCUAUACUCAAGUUAUGAUUUAUCGAAGAUAUCUUCAUUUAAACAGUCAUAGGUUUCCUUUAAGAACUCAUAAGGCAGGAGCCAGGAGGUGAUGAAUUAGAAGUUCAGAUGUGUACAUGUCUACCUCAGUGUGCCAAUGCAUUCACUGGCCGCUCCGUCGAGAAGAUCGGCCACCUUCGCUGCAAACAUGCUCACAUGGCGAUCAGAGGCGCGGCUUAAUGCAACCACAUGGGAGCGAGACACGCCCCCAUUUACUUCAUCCUGGGUCGUUGCCACCAUGAAUGUUGUUCCUGCUCUACAGAUCUCCCAGCCCACCCAUCCAUCCAUCCUCUACUCCCCGUUUCCUGUUUAUGCUUAUUCGGACGGGUGCCACCACCAUGUUCCUCAUUUAAGGCUCCACACGGCAACGCGUCCUGAUUCUCUCGAAGGACCUAACAAUGGCGGUGCUGCUGGAAGUUCGCCGGACUGACAAAAUUGCAUUCCCAUUGGCAUGCUUCCGGAUAUUCUCUCGCCGUCCAGACUUCCGGAAUUUAUGGGUUAUGGGCGAUGGAACGGAGGAUCCUCCUCUCCUCAUCCUGUAGAUCUAUAUUCCCGAUCUGAAUUCAUUGUACGUUUGGUUUUUUUUCUUUCUAAAAGAUGAUUUUGAUGUGCAGAGAAAAGGGGUUAUCCAUGCCGGUUGUCUGGAUCAAUCCGACGCCUGGACCAUCGGACCGGAAUACCUCUCCAGCUGAAACCGUUGCGACAGUGCCAUUAAGAGAUACGACUACGAGAACGGAACGCUACUGGGAUGGAAGCCAAAGAUUGCGAGUGAUGCCGCGGACUGACGAACCCUCAACCAACUGGUUGUAUCGUAUGGAUGUCCGAGACUCCGAGUGCGAGAGGAUGAACGUCACUAGCAGAGUGGUUAACCCUCGCGGACUGUGGUCAAGCUGUCGCUUUUGCUGCCGCUGUCCACUCUGCCUGUCAGGCGCGCUAUGAGCCUGAGUGAGGUCUUCGCUGGCUGGCUCGCGGUUCACAUGUGGCCAGCAGAUCGUUCGUGUCACUGUGUAAAACACUGUUAUAUCCUUGUUUUCAUACGCUACAAUCAUUGUUUAUUUUUCUAAUAAUGUAAUUUACUUCUUAUAUAAAAUACAUGAUUUAGGACUUUAA